AUGGAUACUGAGGGACAGCCAUUAGUUAGUGCAGGAAAUGUAGAAACGGGUGCAUUAAGCAGUACAAGUACUCUCUUUGAGGAUAUACCAUGCGAAAAUGUGGGGGCAGGGACACAGGAAGUGGUGCCACCGCCCACCAGUGCUCAAGGAGAUGUAGAUAAAGAAAUUGCACCACCCCCAGAAAAGCAGGAACCAGAGAGUGGUAAUCUGCCUGAUGGGUAUUCACUUCAGACGAUAUUAGAGCGCGUGCUGGAUUACCAGGCAAAAUUUGCGCAACAACAAGCUGAAAAGGACGAAAAAAUUGAGAGCUUUCUCGCACAGCAAGCUGAGCGAGAUCGCCAGCUAACGGAAAAUUUCCUUGCCCAGCAAGCUGAGCGAGAUCGCCGCCAGUUAGAGGAAAAGUUUCUUGCCCAGCAGGCCGAGAGGGAUCGCCAGCAAGCUGAGCGGGACCAGCAACUUGUGCAAUCGUUAGAAAUUAUGAAAAAAGAGAUUGCCUGUAUGAAACAGAAUUAUGAGUCGAUACCUAAGGCCGUACAGGAGUUGACUGUACAGGUCAACAACCUGCAAGUAGACGAGAUAGGUGUCUUGGCCAACCGAUUAGAAAAGCUAGAAAUAGAUUCCACACAGCUUGUAGAGCAGAAGUGGAAAGAACAAGCGAGUAAAAUUGAAACCGAAUUCAAUUCAUGGCUAGAAGCGAAGGAGAGCGAGAUCGACAAAAAUAUUAAUUCUAAGGUACAGGCAGCCAUGACAGAUAGAGAUUCCGAAUUGUUCAGUACCGCAGUAAAUAGUCAAGCACAGAACGACGCGCAAACCAUCAAACAAAUACUCAAUGAGGAUAGUCCGCAGUGGCAAGUGAAUAUCACCAAACGGAUAUCCGACUUGGAAACGGGUUUAGCACAGAGAAGCAAACAUCUUGAACAUGAAACUAUGUCGCCAACAGCCAAUGCUUUUGGCAGCGCAUAA